CGCGGUGCUGCAGGAAGCACUCCCCCUUCCUGAGGAAACCGCACCGCCCUCCCGGUGUUGCCAAGAGCGGCCCUCUGGGCUGGCGAGACGCGGGCCUGAUGCCGACCUUGGGACGCCGGCUGCCGGGCCGGGCCCGGCCUUCCUCUGCCUGCAGGCCGGGCGGGCUUCGAGCCCACGGCCCCACGCUACGCCCCGGGCAGCGCGGGCGCCAUGAGCGCUCCGUGACGGCUGGGGCCGGGCCGGGUCGGGUCGGGCCGAGCUCCCCGCCACCCCGCCACGCCGCACCGCACCACACCGCGGGUUGCCCAGUUCGGCUUGCCGCGGGUGUGCAGCGCAGCAGGAUGGCGCCGACGCUGCUGGAGCUAGCACACUGGAGCACCUGGGCCGUGUGCGCCGUGAUCAAGCUGCCGCAGCUGGCAGCCGUGCUGGCGGCCGGGUCGGCGCGGGGGGUUAGCACGGGCAGCUUGCUGCUGGAGCUGGCCGGCUUCCUUGUGUUUCUGAGAUACCAGAUCUAUUAUGGUUAUCCCCUGCAGACAUACCUGGAAUAUCCCAUCAUCAUUGCACAAGAUGUCAUUCUUCUUUUGUUUAUUCUGCAUUUCAAUGGAAACAAGAAACGAGCUUUGUUCUAUGCAGUCAUAUUCUGGGGGGGCUGGUACAUGAUAACACUUCGGAAGUGGAUAAUAGACCUGGCCUUGAAUUUGUGUACAUUCAUCAGUGCGGCCAGUAAGCUGGCUCAGCUGCAGUGUCUCUGGCAGACAAAAGAUUCUGGACAAGUCAGCGCCUUGACCUGGAGUAUGUCUGCAUAUACCUGCGCAACAAGGAUAUUUACAACCAUAGUGACUACAAAUGAUCUUGGGGUUCUCAUCCGUUUCAUAACCAUGCUCAUUCUCAAUAUUUGGGUCACAGCCACAAUCCUGCACUACAGGAAGACUAAAAAGACUGAUUAGAAGACACUCCUCAGCACAUACCACAGUUACCAUCAAAACCCUUGACACAAUUAAGGUUAAACAACAGAAGAAAGGUUGAGGAAGCUCCCUGUCUCUCUCUUAAGCCUGGUAUUCAUCCCUAAGCAUACCUAGUACGGUCAUGCUUGUUUUCUCUUAGAAAUAAUUCUGCUAAGAUAGAUACUUAAUUUAAGCAGCAUAUUUUUAUUCGUCAUAUAAGACAAGCUUCACUGGUAUCACAUUUUCUAUGGGAUUUUUUACUAAAUGAACAAGGUAUUUCAUAUUUAGAUGUUUAUAUAUUCUCGUAUCACUUCAGUACUUCUGGUUACAUAUAUGCGAUUUUCUUCAAUUUUGCAUCAACAUAGCAACUCAUCUUUCUUCAUCUGCUGUAUGAAAAACAACAGAUGUUUGUCUUCCUGCAAGCAACUCACUUAGUUUAACUAUCUGUAUUUUAGGAUGAAGAAAACUAAAGGCCAAAUCCAAAAUCAAGUUCUAAAUGUGUUUUGCUAAGUCACAAAUCCAGCUGGGACUGUUGUGCUCACAUGAAACACUUAAAUAGCGGUUUGUACAGCUGACACAGGAUACCUAGUCACUUUCCUCAAUACACCCAGUUUUGAUUAGGAUAAGAGUAAAACCUCUGCUCUGAAUUUUAAUUUUUCAACCUAAGCUCUCAUUCACUGAACAUACAGUUUUGGGAACAGGAGAGACUAGAAUGUGUAGUAAUUAAUGAAACUUUGAACAACAGUGUUAAAAACCGCAUUCAAACAGGAAUUCCUGAACCGAUACCCAGGCUCCCCAAAUGCAGUCCCUAUGGAGACUGGCCUAGCCGCACGUGCGCUUUUAGGUGCGCAGCAUUGAUUCCUCCCCAGUGGUUCACAGUUAAGAUACUGCUCUGUGCUCUGUCAGUUUUUAGCCUGUCUAAGUUUGCUGAAGAGCAUACAGGCUUCACUUAAAUUUUUACUUUGCAGAUGCUAAUCAAUAUGCAUACUGGCACAGGUUGCCCAGAGAGGUGAUGGAUGUGAAUGUCUUCAUCCCUGGAGACAUUCAAGGCCAGGCCAGAUGUGGUUCCGGGCAACCUGAUCUAGUUGAAGAUGUCCCUGCUCAUUGCAGAGGGGGUGGACUAGAUGACCUUUGAAGGUCCCUUCCAACCCAAACUAUUCUAUGAUUCUGUGAUAUUUAAAAAGGUAAAAUCUUGAGAACUAUUAACAGAUCUGGAAGUAAUGCCUUUCCAGUCAAAACUCCAAACAAUUUGAUUGUUUGGAGAACAAUCAAAAUUCAUUUUCCAAAAUGAAAAGAUAGGUAUUUCAUGAGUUCUUACAGUAUUAUUGAUUAUUGACAAGUUAAAAUCAUGGCACCCUUGAUCUUGACACCCUUGAUAACUAGUGACAGACUCUACUGACGUCACUUGAGGCAGGUUUUCCUUGCAAGACACUGAAUCACAGGACUCUUGUGGAAGAGGGGGAUUUUCUCUGCAACAGCAAAAGUAGCUGUUUGUGCCAGAGCACACUCCAGUCAGACCGAGACCUCACCAUCAGAGAGCACAGCUGCUCUUUCCCAUUUGAGUGGAAAGUGCUGGGAAGAGAUGCAUCUGUGGACAUGAUUUCACGUAUCUCACAUUCUCGAGGGCAAGCUCGAAGAUGAACACUUUUCAUUGCUCCAGUAAAAUGUAUGCAUGUCUCUAUUAAAGCUGUGUCAGAUACCUGAAGUGGUCUAAAUGGUGGCAGGUGGCAUGUGAUGUAUUUUCCAGGUCUUGUUAAUAAAUGCUAUUUUUCAUGACUGAUCAAUGUCAUUCUUACAGUUAAGUUUCAUUGCAUUUAAUUUUUAUUUUGUUUCAGUAUAUGGAGAGAAAAUUAAAUACUCAUUAUGGGUCAUUAAUUGGCAGUUUUCACCUUAAUACUUGAAACAUCAGGCUGUGCAUUCACCUGCAAAAUACUAAAGAGCUCCAGCAUCUGAAAAGAACAAAACACUUCCCAUCUCAUUUUCUUAACUAAAGCCUCUUCUUGAUAAAGAUUUGUGUAAAGUCCAAACCUUCUCUGUUAGUGACUUCUUUUAUAGUCCUGAAUGAUGCUGUAGCAAAUUGAAGACCUCCAUUUUCAGUUUGAGGAUCAGCACUGCAAGUUGGUUUUUUUCAUCAUAAAAUGCUGAAAAUGUGAUUAAGAAAACUUCUCUACACAUUACUUAACAUAUUUUUAAUAAAGCAUUUUAGAAACCUGGGGGG